GGCUGCGCCUGCGCAGUAGCCGGCAGUCGGUUACUGCGCAGACCUGCCCAGCCGAGGAUGCAGGGAUGGAGCCGCCCCAAGACAUGGCUAAGGUUUCCAACACAGAAGACAAUCACAACAGGCGGGUCCAUUCCCUGCACGCAGCGCCGUUAUGUCAGAGAAUUUCCCAAACCCACUUGGAAAACAUGCAAGCGAGGGGGUCGGAAUUCUCUUCUACAGCCUGGAACGUCCAGGAGCAGGACAAGCCCUCUGAUCUGUCCAGAGUCGAGUUCAAGGAGGGUCCUGGGUACCGGUUGCUGAAUAUGCUGAGAAAAACUCUUAAAGGGUCUGGAAAUAAAGAACAAGAAGUAACACAUGAGACACCAAGUUUGGUGCCAUUUGGGGAUGUGGUCGGCUGCCUGGCCAUUCAUGGAGUGUUCAGGUACAUCUUUAUGAAGUAA